CACUUUUUUAUUUUUUUUUUUUGGAAAUGCUACCUUCCACUGUCUUGAGAUCACCUGAGCUUGUACAAAAAGUACUCAAGAGUUUUAUGAGUGCAGGUGGAUAUGAUUCAGCUGUUCUUCCUGGGCUUCGAGUACUUAAUAGUGAAAAUGGACGCAUUUUAGCAGAAUUUCAAGUGGAAAAGAUGCAUUUAAAUAGACUUGAAUCUGUGCACGGUGGUUUAUUAGCCACUGUGGUGGAUAUUGGAGGUUCACUUGCCAUUGCCUCUAAGGGCUUAUUUGCUACUGGUGUGAGUACAGAUAUCAAUAUUAGCUACAUUUCUGGUGUCAAACAAGGCGAGAAAAUCACUGUCGAUGCACGCGUAGAUAAACUGGGAAAGACACUUGCAUUUACAACAGUGGAACUGUCUAGCAACGGUCGCCUAGUUGCUCUUGGAAGACACAACAAGUUUGUUGCUCAAGCCUAUAACCAUCCUGAGAAUAUCAUCAAACCAUAGAGGAUAAAUAGAUUAUCCAGUAAUAGAUAAACUUUUUUUUUUAAAAAAAAAUAUAGUCUGUGUUGCACAUUUUUGUAUGUUUUUUUUUAAAAAAAAAAUCUGGAACGCGUUCCUUCACUCGGGAAAACGCGUCCUUUUUU